AUCGAGGCAACUUCAGAUUAUCGAGUGUAGCGGAGGAACCGGACAACGUCGUAAGUGGAAAAGUUGAAUUUCCUCGAUUUUCUGUGAAACUUCUGCCGAAAAUGUCGGUUCCGUUCACGGGAAGGAUCGGGGGAAGAGGAGGGCCCCUGGCUGCCAUCAGCAAGCAGUUGAAGCUGAUGACAUUGAAGCCUGUCAAGACUAUCACUGUCCAGUUCGAUCCGUUUUAUGAGAAAAUCAAGGAGACGAGGCAAUUUCUGUGCUAUAUCUCAGGCCGAAAAGUCCAGCGAACCAACUUGGGGUGCAACGUAAAGACGAAUAUCGUUGGGGACAGGUCAGAGCCACUGGUGACCUGCGAUCUGACGAAUGGUGAAAAGGUAUUGUUCAAGUGCCAAAAUCUCGAAGCACUUGAUAUUCUGAAGCUGUACAACAAACACAUAAGUCCCCUGGCACCACCUGAGAUCGAGCAGGACAAGAAGGGGGUCGUGGUGAAGCUGAAGAAGCAGAAGAAGAAGAUAAGGAUAAGCAGACACAGGAAAUAAAAUUGUGGGAGAAAAUUCGAGAUAAAGUGCUGGGAGUCGAGGCGAUUUUAUGCAAAAUUUAUUGAACCGAAGAGAAAUAAAACGAAAAAAAUUUUCCAAAUUAA